AUGGACUACCAGCGACAGCUUCUUGCUGAACUCAUGAAUCCUUUGAUUCCUUCUGCAAAAAAGGAUUACAGGGACAAUGAUGUCUGCAAGCAUUUUCUUGUUGGAUUCUGUCCAAAUGAGCUAUUUCUCAAUACCAAAGUCGAUCUAGGCAAGUGCGGCAAUUUACAUGAUGAACGACUACAGAAGGAGUAUCAAAGCUCAUCAAAUAAAAACCGUCUUGGAUAUGAAGACAGAUUCUACGACUACCUCGCCAAACUUGUGUCUGAUAUUGAACGAACGAUCAAACGAGGCCAUACCCGCCUGGAAAGCAAGCCUACAGAGGCAAGUCCUACUGGAGUCACCCAAGACGACAUUCGAGAAAAAAUCAUUAUUAUUGAAGAAACCAUCAAAAACAAAACCAAUCAACUCCGCCAAUUGGGCGAAUCUGGUCGAGUAAAAGACGCCUAUGAUCUUUAUUCUGCAGUUGAAAGGUCCAUGGUUGAACUCGAUCAAUUACGUCAAACUGAUCAAACUCAUCCAUCGUAUCGGCCUGAUAAAAAGAUGGAGGUGUGUGAAAUCUGUGGUGCUCUGUUGGCAAAUGACUCCACUGGACAAAGGAUUGAUGCGCAUAUGACUGGAAAACAACAUACCGGAUUCAUCAGGAUUCGUGAAACUCUUGAAGAGCACAGGAAAAAUGGCGGAACUCUACGCCAUUAUGGAUCUGGGAACACGCUUAGCAAUAGAGAUUACCGUGACAGAGACAGAGACAGAGAUGGACGAAGAGAUAGAGACUAUCGUGGUGGAAGAAGGGAAAGUGGCUCAGAUCGCAAAGGCAGCUCUAGUAGUAUUGGACGAGGUAGUGACAGUGGUUCAUAUAGGGACGGAAGACGCUAUUAA